AUGUCGCUCGGAUACAGCGGCGACUCGCCCCCGCCCUCGCCAUCGCGGCGGGAGGCAGCGGCUGCGGCCAAAAAGCACAAGGGUGGCGUGGAGCGACUGAUGCUCUCAGUCCGAGCGAAGAUUGGGGAUGCCUUGGACAUCGAUGGCUUGCCAAAGGAAGCUGCGCAGCUCCUGGCCGAGGCCGAGGCACUUCUACGGAAAGGCGAGCAAGAGCUCGCAAAGCCGCGCUUGGAGCGCAUAGUUGCCGGCAUCGAUGCCGAGGAUAUGUUUCAUGGAGCAGAUGAACACGCAAGGCGGUCUCUGCUGCACACAUAUACAGAUCUGGACCCAGAAGCAGCUGCGGGACACCAGGCCACAUCGCCUAGUCGACGAGCAGCGGACAUGAUCACCUCUCCGAAAGCAAGUGCAAAGCAGGCGCUGCAUGCUGAAGCAGUCGCCAAGCUCCUGGAGAAGGCGGGGCACUUUGACUUCGAUGCGAUUGCCUUUGCCGCGCUGCCCGAGGUUGAAGGCAAGCCCCUCACCACCUUGGGCACGUACUUGCUGUCGUCCUGCGGGUACAUAUCGGGACUGGAGGACAAUGGAUGGCUAGAUUGUCCUCGAGGCGCUACCUUCGAGGGCCGCGUGGCCCGGUUUCUGCGCGAGAUUGACAGAAGAUACUUGUCGAAGGCCAUCUAUCACAGCUCUGUCCAUGCUACAGAUGUGAUGGCAACGACUUGUUGGUUGCUUCGGCAACCGUAUUUCAUGCAGCGAACGUCGCUCCUGGAUUACACCGUCAGCGUAAUAGCAGCCGCUAUGCACGAUGUUGGGCACCCUGGCCUUAACAACGAGUUCCAGAAAGCAACCAUGUCCGAGCUGGCGUUAACCUACAACGACCAGAGUGUGCUCGAGAAUUUUCACGCUGCGACGGCCUUCGAUAUCUUAACGCACAACGAGGACUGCAACUGGUUCGUCCUGUUGUCGCGAGAUUUCCGCAACGACGGAAGCGAGGCCGAACCAGUCAACCUUCAAAAGUACGUCCGCAGGCUACUCAUCACGAUAACCCUGGGGACGGAUAUGGCGAAGCAUCGUCAGCAUCAGAACGACUGUCUGAAGCUGGCGGAAGAGGAGACUGGCUCAGCUGAGCUCCCACAUGGGCAGGCGGCGCUGGAGAGGACAGAGCUGCUGUUGCAGAACCUCGUGCACGCUGCUGACAUAUCGAAUCCUACCAAGCCAAGGAAGAUAAUGCUAGAAUGGACAAAGAGGGUGACGCAGGAGUUCUGGGCGCAGGGAGACGAAGAGCAGCGGCUAGGACUGCCAAUUUCACCGAUGUGCAAUCGGACUGCUGAGCAGGGUCGCAUCCCGCAAGGGCAGAUCAAUUUCAUUAACUUCGUGGUGCAGCCCUAUUUCAGUUGCAUUGCUCGACUUUGUCCAGGAGUCGGGGAGGCAAUGGAAUCGUUAGCGGCCAACAAGGCCUUCUGGGAGGAGAAGAGUAGAGAGGGAGCCUCUUUUGACGAGCUCUUCCCCGCCGUGACGAUGUGA